AUGCAUUGUAACAUUGUGAAGUUGGCAAAUCAACUGGGGUGGCAAACUCGGGUAAUUGGGUAUGUGACCAUCCACUUCUCUCUCAGAGCCUCCCUCCUCAAUUUCCCCAAAACCAUUAUUAUUACAACUAUCAUUAUUGCACUCCCCCAUGUUCCGCUCCCACUUGCCAAUGCACUCCAUGUCCACAAAAAACCAACUUCCCAAAAAUCAAACACACCCCAGAACCCCUUCAAAGGAAUCCAUGAAGCUCCACAUGCUCACAAAGUCCAAAACCCCCACCAACCAAAGCAAAGAAGAAGAAAAAAAUCCAGAAAAGGAACACAUCAAGCAAAUCCAUUGGAACCACGCAACAAAACCGAGCCUGGCACGUUCUCCGAGAUCGCCAUGAACGAAACUGAACAAGAAGAAAGCAAAAAUGAACAAGAAAUAUCAAAAAAUGAAGAAGGAAGGAGCCACAACAAGUGA